UGUGAUUUGCCCUCCGUUGGUGUUUAAAAAAGUAUAGUUGUUCCCGUGUAUCUCCCUAACCAGUAUGUCUGUAGAAGAGUCCAACCUUCAAAAUGUCAUUGCCCCUGAAUCGGAAGCGCCUGAGAGCCAUAAGCGAAAUAACUACCUGCAUUGGGAUGAUUACUUCAUGGCCACCUCAAUACUCUCAGCGAAGCGCAGCAAGGAUCCCGUCACUCAGGUUGGGGCCUGCAUCGUGGACUCGCAAAAUAGGAUCGUGGCUAUUGGCUAUAAUGGAUUUCCCCGUAACUGCAGCGACGAUGAGUUCCCAUGGUCUAAAGCAAAGAAGAGCAGUGAUGAUUAUGAUCCGCUGGAGGACAAGACGAUGUAUGUGGUCCAUGCGGAGGCCAACGCUAUACUCAACAGCAAUGGAGCUAGUUUGACUGGAACCCGUCUCUAUACCACACUAUUUCCAUGCAAUGAAUGCACCAAGCUCAUCAUACAGUCAGGCAUAGCACAGAUUCUUUAUUUGUCCGAUAAAUAUGCAGAAAAGCCCAAAUACAGGGCUUCCAAGCGGAUGCUGGACGCAGUGGGUGUGGAGUACAAAAAACACCAACCUCGACAGAAUGAGAUCAUAAUUGACUUUGACAACUUCCUGCAGGAAGAUCCUAACUCUUCACUUGGACUUAAUGAUCUCCAACUGUGAUGUGUCAACAGCGAUGAAAUGAGACAAUUAUUUUUAUUAAUUUGUAAUUAUGUGAAUUAAUAUAAAAAUGACAAUCGUGGACACAUUUUUGAAAGGUCAGACAGAUGUACAUAUACAUAUAAAGAA